GCAGCAGCAGUGGAGGGGCGUGUCUGUCGGGGAUCUGGUGCUACGUGCAUCGGGCUCCGGUCGCUGUGGUGGAUCCACGUCCCGAUCACAGGCUCGAUCCCCGGAGAGGCGGUGGACGGUGGAGUUCCAGAACCGACCGAGUGUGGUUUGUCCCCGGCAGGAGACUUUAACCUGCAGCUAGCGACGCCUGGUGUUUGUAACCGAGAGACGGAAGAGAAGAGACAUCAUGGAGGACGACCUGAUGUUCACCAUGGAGGAGGAUGGCAGCGCCAAGAGACCCCCCGUCCAACGAGGUGCCCACAGCCAGCGGGCAUCCUCCCUGAGCGAGGCCAACGCCAGUGAUGACGAGGACGAAAUCAUCUGCCCCAUCCUGGACGACUCCGCCGUAGAAAUCUGUCACUACCUGAAGAACCUGGUGUACACCCGGCAGCUGUCGAACUCUCUUCCUAAGAGCAACUUCAUGUACAAGAAUGAAACAGAAACAGUGGCAGAACCUCGCUCGUACAGGGUUUUGUCUGAGAGCGCACGGGAUGCAUGGAAACAUGCAAUUGAAAAGGCCAAAGCCAUGCCCGACCCCUGGGCCCAGUUUCAUCUGGAGGAAAUCGAGACAGAACCCUGCAUUCGUUACAGGUACAAUGCCAUCACAGGGGAAUGGGCUCAAGACCAGAUCCACAUCAAGAUGGCCACUCAGCCGUUUGGGAAAGGGGCGAUGAGGGAGUGCUUCAGAACGAAAAAGUUGUCUAAUUUCUCACAUAGCAGCAACUGGAAGUCGGCAUCGAACUACGUAGCCAAGAGUUACAUGGAGACGGUGGACAGAAAGGUUUACUUUGAGGACGUCAGGCUGCAGAUGGAGGCUAAACUCUGGGGGGAGGAGUACAACCGACACCGACCUCCCAAACAGGUGGACAUAAUGCAGAUGUGUGUGGUGGAGUUGAAAGACAGACCAGGCAAACCUAUCUUCCACCUGGAACACUACAUUGAGGGCAAAUACAUCAAAUAUAACUCCAACUCUGGCUUCGUGAGGGACGACAACAUCAGACUCACCCCGCAGGCUUUUAGUCACUUCACCUUCGAGCGUUCGGGACACCAGCUGAUCGUGGUGGACAUCCAGGGUGUCGGAGAUCUCUACACUGACCCUCAGAUUCACACCGAGAAGGGGACUGACUUUGGAGAUGGAAAUCUAGGUGUGCGAGGCAUGGCUCUGUUCUUCCACUCCCACCUGUGUAACAAGAUCUGCAAGAGCAUGGGCCUGAUGCCCUUUGACCUCUCACCUGCAGAGAAGUCUCAGCUGGACUGUACCAACAAACUGCUCAAGUCAGCCCAGACGGUGCUGAGAGGCUGUGAGGAGCCUUGCGGUUCCCCUCGUGUUCGUUCCAUGUCAGGACCUCAGUUGUUGUCCCGCCUCUCUGAGACGUCAUCUGCAGACGAGAGCAUGAGUGACGUGGACUCGAUCCCCUGCUCGCCUCUCAUCUUCUCGUCUUCGCUAGCUGCAUCUGGAUCAAUGGGCAAGUCGCCUGUUGGUUUAUAUUUUACUGGAAUGAAUGAACAUGAAAGAUUUGGUAACAACAACAACAACACAGGUGAACAUAAGGAAUCUGAUAGCGGCGGUGACAGCGGAUACCCCAGCGAGAGGAGGAGUGAAGGCGAUCCAAGUGACCAUGUAGACGGGGCCCAUCAUCGAUACCAACGACAUUUUUCCGAGUCAGACGACGACAGUGUCAGACGGCGGAAGGUGGUAGCUCCUCCAAGAGUCACCGCAAACCUAAAUUCAUUCAACCCUGACAACGAAUGGCUGACCGAGGAGAAGUGGAGCUUCUACCAUUCUUCUCGUGCUCACGUCCACCGACCGUCAUGCGUAGCCACUGAGGUGGAGCGACUCAACACUCUGAUGCAGAAAAAGAUUGGCCAGUCAAUUCUUGGAAAGGUCCACCUGGGCAUGGUGCGGUACCAUGAAGCCGGUCGCUUCUGUGAGAAGGACGAGCAGUGGGAUCAGGACUCGGCCAUGUUCCACCUGGAGAGAGCCGCCCUGUGUGGAGAGCUGGAGGCCAUCAUUGCCCUGGGCCUGUGCUAUCUGCAGCUGCCUCAUCAUAUACUGCCAGACAUGGAGCUGGAGGAUAACGCAGGAAACAGGAUGAAAGGUUUCAAGUAUCUGCUGCAGGCGGCUGAGGCUGGUGACAGAUCCGCAAUGAUUAUUGUGGCCAGAGCCUUUGACACAGGAGUCAAUCUGUCCGCUGACAGAAAGCAGGAUUGGGCAGAAGCGAUUCACUGGUAUGACAGCGCAUUAAACAUGAUGGACUGUGACGAGGGGGGAGAGUUCGAUGGGACGCAGGAUGAGCCUCGCUACCUGCUGCUGGCCAGAGAGGGAGAGAUGUACCAAGAAGGAGGCAACAACCUCACCGCAGACCCACAGAGAGCAGGUGAUCUGUUUACAGAAGCAGCAGAAGCUGCCAUGGCGGCCAUGAAAGGCAGGUUGGCGAACCAGUAUUACAUGAAAGCUGAAGAGGCCUGGGCGCUGAUGGAGGAGGAGUAAUUCGGGAUACAAGCUCCCAUCACGAGAAAUGCUACAGGAGAUCCUGUGUCUGACAGACAGCUAGUCUGAUUUUUACACAUUCAAGACACAACUUGGAUGGUUGCAGUUUACAUAUUUUGUAUUACAGAGUAGUGAAUGGAUUUUUUCUAUUGAUGCCUUAGGUGUAUGUGUCUUCCAGGAUCAGGCUCGUAUAUCCAGUUUCCUGUCCUUCCUUCUCUCUGUUUGUGAAGUUAGUCAUUCUGAUUCCUGUUUUCUCUCAUUUCCUGUGUCUGGUUUCCUCUGGCUUCUUACUGUUGUAUGAAAGAGAAAAACUGAAGAAUUUAAACAUAGGAAAUGGUUUACUUUGGCUGCCCCAGAUGCUAAUGAAUGCUUGGAUGAAUGUACGUAAAAUAGUUUGCAAAAAUAAAGUUUGCAUUGCUUUUUACAAUGAAAA